AUGCUCUGUUCAGAUGCUAUGUUCAGAUGGUCGGGGCUAUCGACGACAAAGAUCUGGUCGACGAGUUUGUGCGCAACGAUGGACUCAACUGUCUUAUCAAAGUGGGCUCCGAUGCCGAUCACAAUUACCAAAACUACAUAUUGAAAGCUUUAGGACAAGUAAUGCUUUACGUCGACGGUAUGAAUGCUGUCAUUGAACACAAGGAAACCAUCCAAUGGUUCUAUACUCUCAUCUCUUCCCAGCAUCGGUUAGUCGUAAAGACAACUUUAAAACUACUUCUGGUAUUCGUUGAGUAUUCGGACGACAAUUGUUUGCUUUUAGUUAAAGCUAUAGAAACGGUUGAUUCCGAAAGAGGUGUGAAGCCGUGGACUAAUGUUAUGAAUAUAUUGAACGAAAAGGAUUCGGCGGACAUUGAAUUACUGAUACUCUCAAUGACUUUGAUUAACAAAACGUUGAACGGAAUGGCAGAUCAGGACAGAUAUUAUGACAUUACGGAUGCCAUUGAAGACCAGGGGAUGGAGAGAAUCAUUCAGCACUAUAUGUCCAAACGUGGAACUGAUCACGACUUACUUCAACAGUUCCGCACUUAUGAGACAGUACUCAGACACGAAGACGGCGAAGACGAUGGACGCGGUCUGCCAUCAGACCAACAGAGGAUAGUUCUCAGGCGUAAGAGUGGCGCCGCUCUCGACCAACACCUCCGCCGAAAGAGUAGACGACAUUCAGUGACAACCACUCAAACGGGAGGCGGAGGGCCUCCGAAGCCACCGCUCAUCAGUGGUGGCAACAAAUUCAGUGCGAGUCAGCCCUCGUGGCAAAGGAAAGUACUUCAGCAGACGGAACAGUUCAACAAAAAGAUCUUAAAUAAUAAUAAUAACAAUAAUAAUGUGAACGCAAGUGUUGUUACGUCCAGUUGUGAUGACAAUAAGUCUUCGCCGGGAAUGCGAAAUGAAAGUGAUGUCCGACAGUGUCUCAGAAAUGAUAGUUUAAAUAGUGUUAAGACAAGUGAUAUGACAUCUCAUCUGAACGGACAAUACGUGUUGACUAAACAAAACAGCAUUAAUGAGAAGAAGGCGUGGAUGUUAUCAAUGAUGUACUCGAAGACCAACGAAGAGACCACACAUUUAGUGACCGAUAAACCGGCGACUAAUGCCUGGAAUCGUAACACUAAUAGUGAAAACUUUGAAAACCACAGCAAACCCUCGGAAUCUGUUGUCCGCACAAUCAAAGAGAAAAUGUUGAAACCGUUGAACACAACUCCCGUUACGGAUCCCAUUAUCAAUGGGAGUCUUCAGAGAAUAAUAAGUGCCAAAGAAUCGCUAUCCGAUCCAAAGAGUCAGCCAGAGUUACAAUGUCUACAAUGGGAUCAAUUGGUGAACUCUCUGUCCCGACGACCGCUUCUCAUCAAUGACUUGGACUUCACGGACCUGAGAGACGACGACGACGCGGAUGUCUACGAGUCGACCGCUCACUCAUCGCUCUCUAAUACACCGCCGCCGCCAUUGCCUCCGGAGGCCAACUGUCUUCUGCCUCCACCGCCGCCUCCACUCAUGUGCGGAACGCCUCCACCGCCUCCUCUGCCCAACGGCUCGGGUGCGGGGACUCCACCGCCGCCACCACUGCCUCGUAUGGCUCCUCCGCACCAAUGGCUGCACAAUCAGAACCGCAACCAAAACACCCCUUCGCCCACUCCUUCACCAGAUCUGUUGAAUUCAAAGCUCAUUCCAAAGAAUAAGAAAACAAUCAAAUUGUUUUGGAAAGAAGUAAAAGACGACAAAUGGCUGUUGAGUCGCAUAAUGAAGAAGAAGACCAUUUGGGAUGAAAUCAAAACCGUUUCCGUCGACUCACAGCGUUUGGAGCACUUGUUUGAAAGCAGGGCUAAAGAGUUGAUGAAUAAGAAAGCUCAAGAAUCGGGCAAAAAGAAUGAGACGGUUGUGUUGGACACGAAGCGGUCCAAUGCUAUCAACAUAGGGAUGACAAAACUGCCUCCGCCUCGAACUGUGAAGACUGCUAUACUUAAGAUGGACUCCACUAUAAUGAACAGAGAGGGUAUCGAUAAGAUAUUGUCAACAAUGAUGCCCACCGAAGAGGAGAAGACCAAAAUACUUGAGGCACAGAUGGCUAACCCAGACGUGCCGUUAGGUUCCGCCGAAUCGUUUCUCCUGACACUGGCGUCGAUCAGCGCAUUGGAGGCUAGACUGCGAUUGUGGGCCUUUCGGCUCGACUACGACACGAUGGAGAGAGAAGUGGCGGAACCGUUGAUGGAUCUCAAACAGGCGACGGCUGAACUCGAAAAGUGCGAAACAUUUCGACUUAUUUUGGGAACUUUGCUCUCAAUCGGAAACUUUCUCAAUGGUGUCGAAGCGAAAGGCUUUCAAAUCGAUUAUUUGGCAAAAGUUCCCGAAGUGAAGGACACUGUUUAUAAACACUCACUUCUUCACCACUUGUGUCAUAUGGUUAUUGAAAAGUAUCCAAAAACCAGUGAUUUAUACACAGAAUUGGGAGCCGUGUCUCGAGCGUCAAAGAAGGACUUCGACGAAGUGUCUAAAAGCCUUCAUAAGAUGGAAAUGGAUUGUAAGGCUUCGUGGGAACACCUGAAGGUGAUCGCCAAACACGACGGCCAAACACCUAUGAAAGUGCGAAUGUCUGAGUUUUUGGCCGAUUGUGCCGAACGUAUCAUUGUUUUGGGAAUUAUUCACAGAAGAGUUAUCAAUAGAUUUAAAAAAUUUCUCGUCUUUUUGGGUCUUCCUUCACAUCAGUUGAAGGAAACGAAACCCAAUUCUAUACUAAAGAUUAUCAGCGAAUUUGCUUUAGAGUACAGAACCACUCGUGAAAGAGUGAGAGAACAGAUCGAGAAGAAAGCCAAUCAAAGGGAGAGGAAUAAAGCCAAAGGCAAACUCAUUACCGAAUCGGAUAAAGUGAAGACCAAAGAGCAAGAGGCGGAUCACGAACUGAAACAGCUAUUGAUCAGCGGAAGUGAUUAUGAGUCAGAGGGUUGUGGCGGACGGCCGACCAAAUGGGGAGCACUUCCGGGCACUAAACUCAGACGUCCAUCGAGUGGAUCGAUGACUAAUCUGUCUAAUCUAAACACAACCCAAUCCAGACCUCCCGUCCACUUCAGACACAGCGUCAACAUUGAGGCCUAUAGUGAAGCGGACGAUGAGAUUCUGGAAAGUCUGGUCCGCAAUACUACUCAACCCAUUCGUAAUGAACAGAGGAAUAGGAGAAAAGCGAGAUAUGGGGACAAGAAAUCAUUGAGACGAACUCUAAAGAGUGGUUUAGAUCUAUCAGAAGAGGAGCGGCUAUUGUUGGCCACACUCUCCACCUGAUUAUCAUUGAUUUUAUGAGCCUUUUAACGCGUUUUAUAAUAAGCUUUUAAUGCUUUUUAUAUUGUUUUAACAAACGAUUUGUUUUUACUGUUUACUGUUUACUGUGAUCGCUAGUGUUUAUAUUUAUAUUAUUUUCAAUUAAUUAUUUAAGACAUACUAAACAACGAGAGCUUCAAAACC